AUGAAGCCGAGGCCCCCCUCAGUCAACCUACUCCGGUUUCUGAGGUCCCAGUCCGAUUUGGUCCUCUUUUUCACAACAAACCCGACAACAACAUACAACAAGGCAAGCGUCGCAAGUGACAGGCGAUGGGAUCUUCACAAACUGAGAAACUCCAUCUGGACCAAUUUGCAUCCUGCUCCAUGCAAGGCACAACUCGAGGCCUCUUUGUUUUCGCCCCGAAAUGGCAUGAAACGCUCCAACCCUCAGGCUUCGUCGCAUAUACGCCCUUCGACAACGCCAUUGUUGACCAAGUCUUUCAAAAAUACUCCCACUCCUUCUUCUGCUACUUCCCGAUACGUUUCAACGGAGAGUCGGAAAUGGUGGUAUCGCCUAUGGCUAGCUAGGAGGGAAUACUUGAAAUGGAGCAUGUUAAACUCGCCGCAAGUGACAACCUUCACCGAUGAAGGCGCAGAAGGGAAUCUCUUCAAUUUGGGGCGAACACUUGCUUCGAAGUCGCUAAACGAACCUCGGUUACGUUGUACUGAGUUUGACGAAAAUGGCAAUGUCACGCUGGUGAAUGGCGAGUUUCGCAAGAGCGAACUCAUUGCCAAGUAUGGCCUUUUAACGCGCGACUUGCGGAAAAUCGACUCUUCGGUUCUUCCUCACAUACUUGUGCGGCCAAGUGCAAUCCUCAUUUCACUUCUACAUCUACGCGUUUUAAUCAAAUCUGAUCACGUUCUUGUCUUUGACGCCUACGGUUCGACUAGCUCAUAUACCCAGUCGGUGUUUAUGUAUGACUUGGAAGGGAAAUUAAGACAGAAGCAGAGCCCAGGGGCCGGGGCUUUACCGUACGAACUUCGUGCGCUAGAAGCCGUUUUGAUAAGCGUGACGAGUGCGUUGGAAAGUGAAUUUGAAGGUGUUCGCGAACCGGUGGUACGAGUCUUGAGGGCUUUGGAGGAGGACAUUGAUCGCGACAAAUUGAGACAUCUUCUCGUAUAUUCGAAAAAGCUGGGUAGCUUCGAACAAAAGGCUCGCCUUGUGCGGGACGCCAUUGACGAUAUAUUGGAAGCCGACGACGAUCUUGCGGCAAUGUAUCUAAGCGAACGGGAUAAAGGAGAAUUUCGAGAUGAAACGGAUCAUCAGGAGGUAGAAAUGUUGCUUGAAUCCUACCAUAAGGUGUGCGACGAAAUUGUCCAAGCUAGUGGAAACUUGGUCACUGCCAUUCGCAACACUGAGGAAGUAGUCAAGGCAAUUCUCGAUGCCAAUCGCAAUUCUCUGAUGCUCUUGGAUUUGAAGUUUAGUAUUGGAACCUUGGGACUCGCCGCAGGCACUCUCGUGUCGGCCCUGUAUGGCAUGAACCUGAAGAAUUUCAUUGAAGAAUCUGACCUCGGCUUUGGGGCGGUGUCUGCGACUUGUUUCUUGUUCACGAUUGUUGUCAGUUUGUACGGCAUGUCAAAGCUACGCAAACUGCAGCGAGUAAGAAUGUGGGGAGAAGGCAUGGAUUCUGCGAGUAUGGGUCCGCUUGGGAACCGUGGCUUGAUGCCUGGCAGUCGUGGCAACUGGCGCUCUGAUGCAAUAGAGCCCAUGCUGGCUGGCCUCCCGGGGGAAGGGCGAUCAGACCGGAUGAAGAGGUUCAGAGAAGCUGUCAAUUCUACAUCUGCAAAACCACCUCUUCCAGCUGAAGCAGCUCGCCGUGCGGCAACCAUGCGGUCGGUUCGCCAGCAAUCUGCGGAGAAUAAGACUAGCAAUCAGGAACGGGCUGUGGGAAAGCCUGACGCAGAAACUCUAAAAACGUGA